GAAAUGAUACUGCACUUUUCAGCUGAUGCGCAGCCACAAUCCACAACUUGCGAACGACGUGGAGGCAAGUGUUUCUGAUGAGGUGCGGGUUUGUGUGGAGCGUAAUCAAGACUUGAUCGACUGCCUUCUCGCGCGACGCGCCCAGGAUGAACGUCGCUGCGACCUUUACCAGCGUAUACAACAGACCUAUGAGUCCCAACAACGCCUGCUAGAGACAGCAACGGCAGCGCUGCAGAAGGAACUCCUUGUCACGCUCGAGAGGCUUUACACCCUCGACCAGCAGCGUACGCGUAAACUGAACAGUUCUCGUGUUAAACCCGCUGCUCAUAGCACCAUUCCCCCAACCUACGAUGCUGCUCAGCAGCUGCGUGCGUCCAUUUGCGAGACACAGCGCUUCAACGAGGCGUUGCGGAUUGAACUGGCCAAGUACGCGUCGAGGUGCGACUGUCUGCGACAAAUAGCGCAGGAGAAAGAAAUCUGUUGUUGUGGCUUGUACGACGCUAUCAACAGCGGACGCACGCGUACCAGCACGCACGCUGGCCCUUCUCGCUCCGCCGUGCCUCCAGUGCCGCACACGGGCGGUGCUGAUGCGUUGGGUGCGGCGGAGGAUGCGCGGACGUGCGCGGAGGCGUUGGUGAUGGACACAACACAGUUUUACCAACGGGCGUUUGCCGCAGCGAGGGAUGACGUGGUGGACUACAUAGCUCUGCAGGACGAGUUCUACGCCCAUCUGCAGCGGCCACCGUCGCACGUGGCUGCCGCCACCUCAUUUGAGGUGUCCUCGAUGAACUCCGUUCAAAUUUUCUUGAAUACCUACACACAGCUUCGGCGCCGCGAGCAGGAGCGUUAUCAGGAACUGCUGCGCACGCUCACUAGACUUCUACGGGAGCCACGAGAGGAGUGA